UAUACGUAUGAUAUGUGGGCAAGAUUUAAAAGAAAUAGUUUACAAAUAAAUUUAACUGAACUUUCUAGUGAAGCGAUAUUUUAAUGAAUGUUAGAAUAUUGAAUUUAUACAUAUAAAAUGAGUGUAUAAAUAAACUUUAAUUCAAUACUGUGAUAUUUAUUUAGAUCUGCUUGAUUUCAGAUUCAUUCAUUUUCGUAUUUUCAUCAUGAUGCAAAGUGACGAUUCUGUGCGACCCAGGCCUUCAGUUUUCGCUUGCACUACCCAUAAAAUUUCACAAGUUUAUCAACAUAUUUUAGAUGUAUGGACACCUUAUACAAUUGCUCGCUGGAUUGGUUCAGGAAUAUUAUUGAUUAGCUUUUUAGCUAGAGUAUUCAUAUUGCAAGGUUGGUAUAUCAUAACUUAUGCAUUAGGAAUAUAUCAGUUAAAUCUCUUCCUGGCUUUUCUUACACCAAAAAUGGAUCCUGCAAUGUCUGAAGAUGAUGGUCCUUGCUUACCCACUCAAUCAAAUGAAGAAUUUAGACCUUUCAUCAGACGUCUGCCAGAAUUCAAAUUUUGGUAUUCCACUACAAAAGCAACAUUAUUGGCUCUUUUUUGCACAUUUUUCCAAAUGUUUAAUGUUCCGGUUUUUUGGCCCAUUCUCCUCUUGUAUUUCUUAACUUUGUUUGGAAUUACUAUGAAGAGACAGAUCAAACACAUGAUCAAAUAUCGUUAUUUACCCUGGACUCGAGGGAAGACCAAGUACAGAGGAAAGGAAGAUUCCGGAAAAGUUAUUCUAACAAAAUGAGCAAUUUUUCCUGUGAAGGGUUCUGUGAACUGCAAACUCUGAAGUGUAAAAAAAUUGCUCAUAUUCUGCUAUGACUUCCAGAAUCAUUUCUUUGAGCAGAUGUGCUUCAGAAAUCCCAUCACAGUCAAAACUUUAAAAAAGGAAAAUUAGAUUUAUUUCCAUGUUUUUGUUUUUUUUUCAUUUGCAGAGAGGUGCAGGGGAAAGUGUUGUACUGCAUAAUUUAUUUAAAAAAAAGAUAUUUUGUAAAAUCUUUUUUUCCUUUGUGCUGUAAAGCAGAUUUAUAUAGCAUUAUUUAUGGUCAUAUUAAAAGCAGAUUUCAUUUG